AUGAAAAUGGAGGAUAUGCCGCUGUCAGGCCCAGACAACACCAGGCUGGAGGCGUUGGUGCAUGACAUCUACUCUGAGCUGGUGGACGAUGCCUGUUUGGGCCUGUGUUUUGAAGUGCAUCGUGCUGUCAAACAAGGCUACUUCUUUUUGGAUGAAACAGACCAGGAAAGCAUGAAGGAAUUUGAAAUUGUGGACCAACCUGGAGUGGACAUUUUCGGCCAAGUGUAUAAUCAGUGGAAAAACAAAGAGUGCGAAUGUCCCAAUUGUAAAAGGCUGAUCGCUGCUUCUCGCUUUGCCCCUCACUUGGAGAAAUGUCUCGGCAUGGGACGCAACAGCAGCCGCAUCGCAAACCGCAGGUUAGCCACAAAUAACACAAUGAGUAAAUCAGAAAGCGAUCAGGAGGACAACGAUGACCUGAAUGACAAUGACUGGUCUUAUGGAGCAGAGAAGAAAUCAAAGAAAAGAAAGCCAGAAAAGAAUCAGACAUCUCCAAGACGAUCCAAGUCACUAAAACAUAAAAAUGGUGAUCUUGGUGGCAGUGUCCCCUCAGAUGCUUAUAAGUAUAACUACAGCUCUGGAAUCAACUACGAAACACUCGGUCCAGAUGAAGUCCGAUCUGUGCUCGCAACGCAGUGUGGUGUGAUUUCCGAACACUCCAAGAAGAUGUGCAACAGGUCUCAGCGAUGUCCCCAGCACACGGACGAGCAGAGGCGGGCCGCCCGGGUCUUCCUCCUGGGGCCGUCCGCGCUUCCGCUGCCGGAUGCAGACGGCGUGACGGAGAGCGACAGUUUUGACAUUCCUGACGGACAGAGCCUCAUGAGCCGCCUACAGUGGGAAGAUUCUCCAGAUGUUUCUCCCUCUGACUCCGCCUCCUCUAAAGCCAGCACAAAUCAUUCGGAUUCAAGAAGACCCAAAAAGAAGAAUAGGACGCCUCUGAGUCUUAACAGCAGUGGUGUAGCCGGAGGGGGGGGAGGGAGUGCGGGGGCGCCCUCUGGUGGCAACGGAGGAGGAGGAGGUAACGGCAGCAGCAGCUCUCAAAGUAACAGCAGCUUAUCAUCCAAAAAGAAGAGGCCCAAACCCUCCGGAUCCUCCAGUAUCUAUGACGACUGA